AUGGAAAGUGGCUGUUCUACUCUAUCGAGCAAAGGCCUAGACAAUCAACCCGGUGAAAAUAAUUGCUUUCUCAACUCAGUUAUUCAGGCAUUAUGGCAUAUUGAUAUCUUUCGUGAUAGCCUUCACAAUUUAAAAGACGAUAGACAAAAAUCAAAUAAUAUUAUCGAAGCUUUACAGGUCAUUUUUGAUAAUUAUAAAUACUGCGAUUUUCAAGUCUUAAAGCCUGAUUACUUAAGAAGAGUACUGGCUAAGCUUAAUGUUGAUCGCUUUCAACUGGGUCAAACAAAUGAUGCCGUAGAGUGUUAUGAAUAUAUCCUAGAUAAAAUACAUGAACACUCAACUACAGAUGUUGAUAGCGCAACAUGUGAGGAUGAUGGCUGUAUUACUCACAAGAAGUUUACUCUUACAUUGAUAAAUCAUCGUAUCUGUCCCUAUUGUGAGGCUACCUCGGAGCCUGAACCAUUGAGAAUACCUUUGCUUUAUCUUAAUGUUUCCGAACUUGUAAAUGAGAUUUACAUACCGUCAGGUCGUGAUAAUGAUUUUAGAAACAUUACAUUCGGUAAAAUGCUUCGAUCUGUUUUAGCUACCAAAGAAUCAUGCCCUGGAAAUUGUAGAAACAUCAUUAAAAGUGAAUGCUAUCUUACAAAUUGCCCUGAAAUUGUUAGUAUUGGUUUUUCAUGGUCGACAAAGUCAGCACCAAGAUCUACCAUUCAAUCGUUACUCUAUGUCAUCCAAACACGCAUUUCUUUAAAUGAUGUAUUCUCAAAGGUUCUUGACGAAAAUGCAGCCCAAACCACGAUCGAUCUUAAUACCAUGGUAGUUUAUUAUGGCAUGCAUUAUGCCACAUUCUGUCAUCAUACGAGAUACAAGAAAUGGAUAUUAUGUGAUGAUGCACAUAUACGAGAUGUUGGUCAAACCUUUGAGGAUGUAAUUCAAAGUUGCAUUCGUAAUUGCUAUCAACCAGUGCUACUGAUUUAUACCAAUUCAUCUGGAAAGCCAAUGGAUCCAAUACCGUCAACAUCUGAUACCGAUCAGUUAGUUAGUGAGAAUCGUAGGGUGAAUGAAGUAGUAACUGGUCAAUUAAUUGAUCUCGAAGAUUCUACUAGUACUGGAAGUAUUCCAAAAUCAGACUCUCGCUCAUAUAUCGAAUCCCAAAGCAACUAUGGCGAUAGCUAUGAUGGCGUAGAUAUAUUGCAAACUUCACGAGUUUCGAAAGGUGGUAGCACGUCAUCUACAAUCACUCGAUCUCGAGAACCAUAUGAAGCUGAUGAUGACUUAGCCAAUACUGUAACUAGGCUACAGCAAUGGUCUGUUACAGGUAAAAUUUCAAAGGGUCAGCAGAUGAUAAAUCGGGACAUAUCUAACAAAUUAGGUGUACAAGCAACCCAAACUAAUCCUUUACCAUCGAAUGCUUGGACUGACUCACAUAUUAGAAAACUACCAUCAAACUAUAAGUAUUAUGACAAAAAUUCAUCGUAUGGUCGACAGUUUUCAGGAUCAGAUGCAACCUCUAAUUCUUCCGGUAGAUCCGACGAUGGUUUGAGUUUUGUUACGGCACCUGCAUCCUACAAUCAUCACAGAACUACGGAAGAUUCUUCUAAUUCCGAAAUAACUGACCCAAGGCAUCCUGUUAGCUCUCCUAAGUACCAUAGCGUUUAUACAGCAAAAGUAAAUAACGAAGACGAAUACAGUCAGAAAAUGACUCGUACGAAUUAUGGCGAGAGAUCUAACGUGCUUGCAGGCCAUCAUUAUCAAAGGAAAGAUCCAGUUCAAGUUAACGAUAAUCCUAGAUCGAGUAACCAGAUCAAUCAAUUUGCUACAAUUAGCAAACGAAAUCAUAGUUUAGAUAGUUGUGUUAUUGCGGCAUCUUGUGGCCAACUAGACCAGGCUAGAACCCUUUGUAAUAGUGCACUGGAUUUUUAUUGUAGAUCACGUUCACUAGACGACCUUGAUAAGCAUUUACAUGAGCACGCUGAUGAAUUGAUGUGCUGCUGCUCUGACGUGAAAGCAAAGUUGGAUGAACUAUCAAAAUAG